AUGUCUAAUCCAGUAAUAUUCAUAGAUAACCCCAUAGAGAAAGAUUAUUCUUUACUCAUUGAAAAAGUAUUGUCAAUAGUCAACGGUGUUGACAGAUUGGAUAUUGUUAUUCGAACAGAGAUUACCAAUGUCACCCAUUUGAAUGAGAUCCUAUACUACUACUACAAUCUCGUUAGAACUUCCAUUGACGGGUUGCCAUUGUUUGAUUAUACAUUCUCAAUAAACAUUAUAUUCAAUAUUUCCCAUUCCAAAUUGCUUAAAUUAUCAUUGAAUUGGAAUCAUGCGUUUAUCGCCCAUCAAGAACAACAGAUUUUCCAAAACAUACCUCUUGCUCAUACAUCUAUUGAUAUCAAACUUGACGCAUCAAACCACCCUUCCAAAUGCAACAAGGUCAUGAAGCAGUUUCAAACUACGGCCGUUGGUGGUACAUUUGAUCAUUUACAUGAUGGACACAAGAUUCUCUUAUCAAUGGCAUAUUUCCUCACUUCGAAACGAAUGAUUAUCGGAGUCACGGGUCUGGAACUCUUGAAAAAUAAGAAAUUUAGUGAAGUUCUUGAACUGUUCAAUCAACGACAAAAUUCCGUGGUUCAAUUUCUCGAUUUGAUUAUGGAUGAAAUUGUUCAUUAUGAAAUUUAUCAAAUUAAUGAUAUUUGUGGUCCAACAGGAUACAUUGAAGCUAUUGAUGGAUUGGUCAUUAGUCACGAAACUUUAUCAGGUGGUGAAUUUGUUAAUAAAUAUAGACGUGAACAUGGCUUUAAAGAGUUGGAUUUGACGGCAAUUAAGGUGAUUGGUGAUACUGAAUCUAAUGCAGAAAAUAAAUGGAAAGGUAAGAUAAGUUCGACGGAUAUUCGAGAACGAGAAUUGAAAAGACGGAAACAACGUAGUCAGAGUUGA